CCAUUCAUAAUAAGCGCCGACGUCACGCUCGCUCCUCCCCGCGCGUCCCCGAUCAGCCGCUCCACGAUCCGUCCGGUCGCUGAAAGUCUCCGCGUUUCACCCGUUUCCCGUCGCUUAAACCCGGCCAGACCGCGCGCACACGAGCGGAACCCGAUGGCUUCGACGACUUCCGACGGUUCCGAGCUAGAGUCGCCGAACCCGAGCGAACAAAACGGCGACGGGAGCGAGUCAGGCCUGCGCGCCGCCGAUCCGGAACCGGCCGUUAAGAUGGACGGAGCGGAGACGGACGAGAAGCCCAACGGACGCGAGUCUACAGAACAAAGCCCGGAGGAAGCCACGCGGGGAGACGGCGGCAACGACGAGGACGGCGAAACCGAAGAGAAAGAGCCGCAGAAGAGCCCCGGCAGCGCGGACGGGACGGCGGAGCGGAUGAAGAGAGAACAAAGGGAGGAGGAGAGCGCGCCCUCGCCGGCGGAGAAAAGCAGCAGCAGCAGCGGCGGCGGCGGAAUGAAGAGGCGCGCGAGUCUGGAGAUGAUGAGCUUAUCUUCGGACGGAGAGCCGCUCAGCCGCAUGGACUCGGAGGACAGUAUCAGCAGUACUCUCAUGGACAUGGAGAGCAUUGAUUCCAGCGGUCGUUCUACCCCAGCUAUGAUGAACGGGCACGGCGGGGCGUCUUCCUCCUCCACUAAGGGCUCAUCUUACCCCUGCUGCUGGGAUCAGUGCCACAUGCUGUUCAACAACAGCCCGGACCUGGCCGAACACAUCCGCGGAGUGCACGUGGACGGACAGCGCGGCGGGGUUUUCGUGUGUCUUUGGAAAGGCUGUAAGGUGUAUAACACACCGUCCACCAGUCAGAGCUGGCUGCAGAGACACAUGCUGUCACACAGUGGAGACAAACCAUUCAAGUGUGUGGUGGGAGGUUGCAAUGCCACCUUCGCCUCCCAGGGGGGGCUAGCUCGCCACGUACCGACCCACUUCAGCUCCCAGAAUUCCUCCAAACUCUCAAACCAAACCAAGGUUAAGGAAGAGUCGCCUUCCAAAGCAGGCAUCAACAAACGGAAGAAACUCAAGUACAAACGGCGGAGGUCAUUGCCACGACCUCACGACUUUUUUGACGCUCAGACCAUGGAUGCGAUCCGUCAUCGCGCCAUCUGCCUCAAUCUAGCGACUCAUAUUGAGAGCCAAGGCAAAGGCCACAGUGUUGUGUUUCACAGUACGGUGAUCGCCAGGCGGAAGGAGGAUUCUGGGAAAGUGAAGGUCCUGCUUCAUUGGAUGCCAGAGGACAUACUUCCAGACGCCUGGUCAGUGGGAGAGCGACCGUCCCACAAGCUGAAGGACCAAAGUGGUCACCUCUCCCAGCGUCCUCAGGACACGGCGGUUGUUCUGUUGGACCCAACAUCUACAGUCCGAGAGGAAGUGAGGUACAAGGGAAAGGUGGACCCCAUGUGGAAGCCAUUUCCUCGUUCCUGUGGCUGCCAUCGAGAGCCUCUGGCUUUGAUUCUUAUCCAGAACUGGAGCGUCAACCACAGUCUGAACUGA